UGUUUUUUGUUUGUUUGUUUUUUGUUUUUACGGAGUACAGAAGCGAACCCGGGCAAGCGGCUAUUGGCAGGACUUUAAAUGUCUUGGAAACAAGAAUUGGAAUUUACAAAGAGAGAUAAAGCCGCCAGAGUCAUUCAGAAGGCCUGGAAAAGUUUCCUUAAUGUUACUGUAUUCCAACACUUUAAAAGUCUGAUUAAUAUAAGAAGACAAGGGGAACCACGUCAGAUAGUAAGAUAUAUUAAUCCUAAGGAGGCAGAGCUUCUAGAUGCUGCUGCUGGCGUUCAUGUACGGUUCAGAUUAGGUGGUGUUAAAUUUCCACCUGAAAUAUACUAUAAAAUUUUUACUGAGAGACAUAUUGAAGAUCUGUGUGCUAAUAGCCCUCGAGAUUACACAAAACUUUCAGCAAAAUAUGCAUCUCAUAUUCAAAGUGAUAAUGUUCAGGAAGAGGAUCACAGUGGAUGGUAUUGUCGUAUAGAGAACAAUGGCUGGAGACCUGUUUCUGAUACAUUUUGGAUGUCCACUGAAGAUGUAAUGGUGGGAGACAAAAAGGAAUGCAAAUUUCAUUUCUCUAAACUGAAGAGAAGACAAGAUAUGGAAAAGAAAAGAAAAAUUAGAAAAAUAGAAUGGAUGAGGCAAAUGUACUAUGCAGGAAGCCUGGCGGCUAAGUCAACAAAUAGUGAAACUCUGGGUUUAAUUCACACAGCAACGAAAGGGCUAAUCAGAUCUAUUGAAGAUGGUGGGAUAGAUUCUGUGAUGGAAUGGGAAGUGGAUGAAGUGCUGAACUGGACAAAUACACUGAACUUUGAUGAGUAUAUCGCCAACUGGAAGGAAAUUGCUACAAGCAACUCUUCAGCUAACUUCAAAAGUUUCAGGUUGGAACAAGAACAGGAAAAAUAUGACUAUGCAGCUAUAUCAAAGAACAUGGGAAUAUCAGAAAAUAAUUCUUAUGAAAAACCAAAUGUUACUAGACUAACACCUGAUUCUACGUAUGGAAUAUAAAUUAAAUCCUCUUUUAUUUUGUGAGCUAUAGCCCUUCACACCCUGAAUCCAUCAGUUAUAAUCAAGAGAUAGUUUAUUCUGACUGGAAUGGCUUUUAUUCUUGGCACAGAGUCUACUCAAGUAAAAAUUAAACAGAAAUAAAACACUGUGCUGAAUACAGUGGUCACAGAAAAUGUAGAAAUUAUUUCUGGUAUUCUGAGAAAUUAUAAUAUUCUAAAAAUUACACUUAAAUAAAGAUAUUAUACUUAGGUGUAAAAAAAUCUUUAGCUUGUUUUGAAGUAUCUUUUAUUUGGGCAUUCAUGUCAGGCAGAAAUCCUUUUCCAUUAAAAAAGGAAAAGGAGCAAAAAAAAAAAAGGUAAUUGGGCAGUAUAGCAAAUUUUCUUUUUAU